AUUUUCAUCUGUACUCUUUGGUGCAUUGAUUCGGUUGAUACCUACUCAAAAUCUGUCAUGGGUUGCAAAAUUAAAAAAAUGUCUUGGUGGUAAGAAAGGCGAACAUCAAGAACGUACCUCCAAUGAUAUUUCAUCGGCUUAUUUUAAUCAAGAAGGAAAAGAAGCCAAAAAGGUUAAAAAAGAAGUAAAAGAGCAUGUGGAUGCAGACGAUCGCAUAGAAAUUGUAUUAGAUUAG